CUGCGAGAUGGCCAGCGCAGGAUCGAGUGCCAGCUGUACGCCCCCUGCACCAGCUGGUGGACUCCCUGGCUCAAUGGAAACCAUUUACCGCAGCGUGGUGGGCAACCUGCACCUGAGCCCAAAGAUCAUGCGGUUCGUCCUCAGCAAGGAAUGCCAGGACAAGCGGGACGAUGAGACCUACAGGCAGUACAUGGAUCGUCUGAGGACAGAAGCAGGACAAGAACAUUUUACUAACAAAGAAUGGAAGCAAGCAUUUAGCUUUAAUGCAAAAACAUUCGAAACGGUAAAAAAUUCCGACGAGCAAGACGUCACUGCCAUACAUUGUCUGCUCAAGAAUUUGUACACAAAAGUUUCUAAAGUGGGCCGAAAGGAUCAUGCUGAACUGCUCAAGAAGUUGACGGACGUCAAAGACUGGCGAAACACAGCGUUCCACAACCUGCAGGCCGUUCACAAUGACUCGAAUUUCAGUGAUCUGAAAGCUGCGUUGGUUGACCUCAUUGAUGAGGCCGGGCGAUUCUAUUCUCUUCCCCCGGUAGAGAUCGAUGCUAAGAAAUGGGAGCUGGAGAAUGAAAGCAUGAAUUUAGUAGCUCUGAACAAGGAGAGUAUAUACUACUGGUGCUCGAGGCUGUUGAUGAGUGGCAAAGAAGCCGUAAGACAUCUCUGGGAGGAAAGACUAUCCAGUGAGGAGCUUCUGCUUAACAGCAACCCCAUAAAGGUUAAGCGCCUGGACGUGUUCCACGCACCACAGAUCAAGACAGGUCCAUGCGAUGAAGAAAAAGUUCUUCCUUACAUCAAAAUUUUUGAGACUUUCGAGGAGAUCCUAGUGGUGACGGGAGUCGCCGGUGCCGGCAAAACAACCCUCGUAAAAAAUAUUGUACUGCAAUUUAUCAACCCGCCGCAAGGGGUUGACGAUUACUUGAGUUCAUUUGACCAAUUCAUCUUCUUCGAGUGCAGGGAUCGCACCACUGAAAAACUGAGUGACAUCAUUAAGGAUCAUUUUAAUGAUCUGUGCAACGAACUAGGACAUCAAGUGCACGUCCUCGAUGCAAUUUUACGCCUUCGCGUCUUAUUCAUCAUCGAUGGCUUCGACGAAGUCAACAAAAAUUCCUUGAAAGUCGUCAACGAGAUUCUCAAGAAAACGUGGCGCCGCAACUGUCGUGUGUUGAUCACGACUCGUCCUCAUGUCGUGGAGAAGAAGCUGGCACCGCUCCUCAGGAGAUGCGAUGUCAGUUCCACUCAAUACGAGAUCCUACCGCUCAAGAAGCUUGCUGACCAACUUGUAUUCUUGCGGCGGUAUGAAGCGGCCCUGAGCGGCGACACUCCGACUGGGGAGAUGACGAGGAGCUUCGAAUCUCUCAGUGAAGAUGUCAGAAGUCAAUUCUUGGAACCCAUCAACUUGGUCCAUUUUUGUGAGAUGCAUAAGCAUCUCCCUGAGGAGAUAUCCACGUGGCGGUCGCCCGGAGACGUAGCGCCUUCUAAGUUGCGUCUGUACAGGAAGCUCAUCAGUGCCAAACUAGUGGACUGGAUUGAUGAGGACUUGGACGUCCUGGUGGACGACAUGUUUGCUCUGGUCGGGGCUGAAGCGCUGGAGUUGCUCCGUGACAACGUCGUGACUUUCUCAGAGACAGAGUUCGGUGCCAUAAAGAGGAGGUGUCAAGUUAAACUGAAGGGUGAUGACAAGUUCGAUCCUGAAGUUGUACUCUCAGUGGUGCUGAAGGAGCACAAACCUUUAGGUUUGAACAGGAGUUCAAGCUAUCAAUUCAAGCACAAGAGCGAGCAAGAAAUGUUUGCUGGUCAUUACAUCGUUCAGCGCAUCGUUGGAGGGAGCGACGACCCCCUUUACAGCAUCCUGGGAGUAACUAAGGAGGGUAUGAGAAGGAGCGUUGAUCGCAACCAGCGCCCACCAGGAGCGCCUGCCGACGUCCGGGAGAUGGCGGAGCCUGGCUUGUGGUCGCGACUUCUUGAAUGGCUGCGACGUCUCGUGAAGCCGCGACGUCCUUUGGAGCC